AUGCAAUCAGGUUGCAUACAUGUCAAAACAACAUAUGUCAUUCGAGCUUUCAAUAAAUACAACAUCGACGAUAUCGAAACAACAGUUGUGUACGCCAUAUCCAUAUUACGAAAAAUCGAAGGAAGACAUUUGAAAUCCAUUCUAAACUCAAUAUAUAAACAUGUUGUCGGCCUUGAUAUGGGAAAUUUUUCAUCCUAUAUCGGAGUUGCUCGUGCUGGUGGUGUGGAAAUCAUUGCAAAUGAAUAUUCCGAUCGUUUAACUCCGACAUAUGUAACAUUUGAUAAAUCGACUCGUGUCGUUGGUCAAGCGUCCAAAGCAAUGGAAGUAACAAAUCCAAAGAAUACGAUUUGUAAUUUCAAACGCUUAAUUGGACGUCGCUAUCAAGAUCUAUUCGUUCAGCAAGAAAAGGAUUUGAACACGUAUUCGAUUUUCGAAGGCAAAGGCGGUUCAGUCAAUAUUGAAGUAAAUUAUUUAAACGAGCGAAAGCGUUUCACACCGGAACAAGUUGCUGCUAUUAUGUUUGGUAAAUUGAAACAUAUCACUAGCAGUGAAUCAACAUCGAAAGCGAUCGAUUGUGUUAUUGGAGUACCUUGCUUUUAUACAGAUACUGAACGACGUGCAAUGCUGGAAGCCGCACACAUAGCUGGAUGGAAUUGUCUUCGACUGAUCAACGAAACAACAGCUGUUGCUCUCUGUUAUGGCAUUUAUAAAGGAGAUCUUCCUGAACAAACCGAAAAACCUCGUUUGGUUGCAUUUGUUGAUAUGGGUCACACUGCUUUACAAGCAUCUAUCGUUGCGCUGAACAAAGGAAAAUUAAAGAUGAUUGCUACUGCAUUUGAUUUAUCACUGGGUGGUCGUGACUUCGAUCGUGUGAUUAUGGACGCUAUGCGUGAAGAUUUUCGAAAACGUUAUAAAAUUGACGCAUAUAGUACAGUGAAAGCAAAACUACGAUUACGUGCGGAAUGUGAAAAAGCCAAAAAGGCUAUGUCUAGUAAUGUUCAACCGAUGCCAAUCUCCUUAGAAUCCUUCAUUGACGAAAAAGACGUCACUGGCAAAAUGUCUCGUGCAGAAUUCGAAGAAUUAGCUAAGCCAUUGUUGGACCGAAUACGAAGUACAUUGAUGAGUCUUCUUAAAGAAGCUAAAACUAAUUGGGAAGACGUCGAAUCUGUUGAAAUUGUUGGCGGUUCAACUCGUAUUCCUGCUGUAAAACAAAUCGUUCAAGAAGUUUUUCGUAAAUCUCCUAUGACAACUAUGAAUUCUGACGAAAGUGUUGCACGCGGCUGUACAUUAAUGUGUGCAAUAUUAAGUCCAACGUUCAAAGUCAAAGAAUUCAAGAUCGAAGAUUGCCAGCCAUAUCCAAUAACAUUGUCAUGGCAUGGUGGAAUCAAUGAAGACAAUGAAGUGGAAGUAUUCGGCCGUUGGAAUGUCAUUCCAUCAUCGAAAAUUCUCUCGUUCUAUAAAAAAGAACCUUUGACAAUAACAGCUCGAUACUCCUAUCCAAAUGAUAUUCCGUUUUCUGAAGCACGAAUUGGUCAAUAUACCAUCGAACAAAUUCAAGCCCAGCCAAAUGGUACUCCGUCGAAAAUCAAAGUGAAAGUUCGUUUAAAUCGUAAUGGUAUAUUUGAUAUCUCCCAAGCUGCUAUUAUUGAUACUACUACUAUUACUACUGAAGAGCCAGUUGAAGAUACAAAAGCUGGAACGGAAAAUAAUCCUGAUCUGAAUACAUCGACUAACAGUGAACCAAUGGAUGAUAAUAGUAAUCCAUCGAACAAUGGCGAAAAUCAGCAAGAAAAAGAUGAAGAAAAUGAAGAACCAAAAAAAGUAGUAACGAAAAAGAAGAGAAGAGAAAUCGAACUGCCAGUUGUAUCACGUGUCACUGGAGCAACGAAACACGAACUUGAACGAUUAGUUGAACUCGAAAAUGACAUGAUUCAACAUGACAAGAAAGAAAAGGAACGCUCCGAUGCGAAAAAUGCUGUCGAAGAAUAUGUUUAUGACAUGCGCGGAAAACUGGAUGGCGGUCAGUAUGAAAAAUACGCCGAUGAACGAAAUCGACAAAAACUAUUAAACGAUCUACGUACAACUGAAAAUUGGUUAUACGAUGAUGGUUCAAAUCAGGAUAAAAAUGUUUAUAUUGAACGAUUGAAAUUACUCAAAAACAUUGGCGAACCGAUUCGUAAUCGUUACAAUGAAGCUUCUAAUCGUCCGUAUCAUAUGCAAGAGUUUAUGAAAGCCUUGCAACGUGUUGAUGAAGCCAUUCAAACCUGGCAGACGAAAUCGAGCGAUAAAUACUCUCAUUUGGACAAGAGUGACAUGGAAAAGGUUUACAAACUUCUAAUUGAGAAGCAAAGAUGGUAUGACCAAAAUGCGACGCGUUUCAACUCUCUGAAAUUACAAGAUGAUCCAACGGUCCUUUGCGCACAGAUCAAACAAGAAAAAGAGGCAUUUGAACGAGAAUGCUGGACGAUUUUAAAUAGACCAAAACCUAAAGUUGAACUUCCUAAAGAAACACCUCCGGAUGUUUCUAAAAAACAACCUCCACCACCACCUAGUGCUGGUGGGCCCGCACCACAUCCUCAGCCAGCACCACCACCACCUCCGAAUAAAAAACCUUUGAAAAAUCCUCCCGCACAAACUCAACCACCAACGACGAACUUCGAUUAA